CAGGCGUUCUGUUAGUCUCCCAUUUUGAAUUAUCCACUGAGUAAAAAUGUCAACCUACGAGGAAAUUAUGAAAUAUUACGGGAAAAAAGACGCACUUGGAAAUCCCAUGGUUCCUCCAGCUAAAUUAAAAAGACCUCCCGAUGAAUUCCCUGAUAGCGGAUCCAACAUACCGUGGGAGCUGCCGGAUUGGCCUUACAGCCGUGAGAGAUAUGAAGAACAGUGGAAGAGGUACCAGAUGUGUUUGGAGUUUGAGAAAAAGAGCAACUUUGAUUCACAGUCUAUGAUGUUCCUCUCGGACUAUCCUGAAAUUGUGCAUAAUUAUUAUAAAAAUACAAGUGACAAUGAGGACGAACCUGAGCCUGAGCCUGAGAAAAAAGAAGAGGAGGAAAAAGAGGAUGACUCAGGAGGGAUUAUUCAACUGACUCGCCCUCCUGACUUUGAUGACCUGAUGUACGUUAUAAACAACUAUGAUUAUGAUCCUGACGAUGAUGUUGUCAACAACUACAAUGACGAUCAGGCGGAAAACUUCAUCAGAAGUAAGAUCAUCGAGUACAGGAAAUCUAUUGGGAAACAAAUAUAAGAUUCAAUAGAUAUUUGUAAAUGGAACGACUGAUUCAGUACAGUGUCCGUUGAAACUGUUAGUUUCAUUAGUUCACAUUAUGUUUAGUUACAUCAAUAUGGUAUUAUUAAUACUAAGUUAAGGUAGUUUUUAAAACUACAGCCGGCGUUUUGGUACCGUUACAUAA